AUGGUUUCCAUUGAAGCUACAAAUGCUUUUCUUAAAGAACUUGAAGAUGUUGGAAGUGACACUAAUAAAAAUAAAAGUCGUGGUGUAUUAACUGGUAGUACACAUCUUGAACAUCUUGCUGGAAUUGAUAUAACAGAAGCCCCACAUGCUGUUAGAAAGACAGCCAUUAUAUGUACUAUUGGUCCAAGUUGUAGAAAGAUUGAACAAUUAGAAAGUAUGAUAAGAAAUGGUAUGAAUAUUGCUCGUAUGAAUUUUUCUCAUGGUGAUCAUGAAUAUCAUAAACAAACAAUUUUAAAUGUUAGAGAAGCAGCAAGAAAUGUUAAACAUGAAAAUAUUGUAGCAAUUGCUCUUGAUACCAAAGGUCCAGAAAUAAGAACUGGUAUUCUUCAUGGUAGUGGAACAGCUGAAGUUGAAUUAGUUAAAGGAAAAUCUAUUCGUUUAACAACUGAUCCUAAUUUUGAAAAAACAUCAAAUUCAGUUAUUUUAUAUGUUGAUUAUAAAAAUAUAACUAAUGUUUUGGAACCUGGAAAAUUAAUUUAUAUUGAUGAUGGUCUUAUUUCAUUAAAAGUUGAUGAAAUUGGUGAAGAUUAUGUCAUUUGUAUAGUUGAAAAUGGUGGUAUGCUUGGUAGUAGAAAAGGAGUUAAUCUUCCUGGUACUUCUGUUGAUCUUCCUGCUGUCUCUGAAAAAGAUAUUGAUGAUUUAUUAUUUGGAGUAGAAAAUGGUGUUGAUAUGAUUUUUGCAUCAUUUAUUCGUUCAGCUGCUGCUGUCCAUGAAAUUAGACAAAUUUUAGGUGAAAAAGGAAAAAAAAUAAAAAUUAUUUCAAAAAUUGAAAAUGAAGAAGGUGUAAUUCGUGCUGAUGAAAUUAUUGCUGCAAGUGAUGGAAUUAUGGUUGCUCGUGGUGAUCUUGGAAUAGAAAUUCCUGCAGAAAAAGUAUUCCUUGCUCAAAAACUUCUUAUUGCUAAAUGUAAUGAAGCAGGAAAACCUGUCAUCUGUGCAACACAAAUGUUAGAAUCUAUGAUUAAAAAACCAAGACCAACACGUGCUGAAACAUCUGAUGUUGCUAAUGCUGUUCUUGAUGGUGCUGAUUGUGUUAUGCUUUCUGGUGAAACAGCUAAAGGAUCUUAUCCAAUUGAGGCAAUAAAAAUUAUGCAUUAUAUAUGUAAAGAGGCUGAAGCAAUUGUUCAUCAUGAAAAAUUUUUAGAAGAAAUAUUAAAAAGAGUUAAAAAACCAACUGAUCCUGUCAAAACAAUAGCUAUUGCUGCUGUUUCUGCUGCUGAAUCUUGUCAGGCAUCAGCUAUAUUAUUACUCACUACAACUGGAAAGACAGGACAAUUAGUUUCACAAUUUAAACCAUCUGUACCAAUUAUUGCAAUUACAAGAGAUCCUCAAACAGCAAGACAAUUAUGGCUUUAUAGAGGAGUUUUUCCAAUAUAUUAUGAAACAACUCAAAAAAAUCCUGUCUGGACGGAUGAUGUUGAUAGUAGAUUAGUUACUGGUGUUAAUUACGGAAAAGAAAAGGGUUUUAUAAAGGAUGGUGAUAAUAUAAUUGUUAUCACUGGUUGGACUUCUGGAGCUGGUAAAACAAACACUUUAAGAUUACUCACUGCUUAA